AUGGCCGGUCGUGUUGUCACCUCUGUUGUUGUUGCUUCUGCUCUCUUGCAGACUGUCGCCGCUCUCCCGUGCAUUGGCUGUGGUCCCGGAGUGAGGUCAGCGCCAGGCCCCUCUGGAUCUGGCAGCCCAACGUACGCCAUCAACCCUGCCUUGGUGAGUCCCAAGCCCGGACCCACCUUCGCUGUGCCAGACCACUUGAGGCCCGGAUACGUCUACCAUGGCCCUCCCGGUUCCCGCCCAAAGGGCCUUUCCAAGCCCCGGGGCUCAUAUAGGCCCCGCGAGCUCACCUUUGGGGAUGAAGACGACCUCGUCGCCCGCCAGGGUGGCUGGAAGUCCAAGUUGAAGCAAUUCGUCCCGAAGAACGAAGAUCAGAUGAAGGCCGCGACCGGCAAGUUCUUCCAAGGCUGGCGCGCAGCCAAAAACCUCUAUAAAUCUGGCAAGAGCGCUUACCGUACAUACAAGGGCAUCAAGAACAGCAUACGUCCUCGAGACCUUGAACUGGUCGAUGACUUGACCGCUCGCGAGUUUGACCUGGAGGAAUUCGAGGCUCGCGACCUUUUCGACAUGGAUGACAUCGAAGCUCGCGACUUUUCUACCCUCGAAGAUAUCGAGGCCCGUGACUUUGAGGACGUCGAAGCUCGUGGUUAUGAGGGUUUCGAUGAUAUCGAUGCUCGAGAGCUCGCCCAUGCUAUCGUUGCUGACGAGGUAUUCAGCCGCGACUUUGACGAUGUCUACGAAACGAGGGAGUUUGACGGUUUUAUGGAUGACUUGGAUUAA